AUGGCCAGAAAGGGCAACCGAAAGGCUAGAACAGGGUGCAUCACUUGCAAAAUCCGCAGGGUCAAGUGCGACGAAGCGAAGCCGUCGUGUAACCGCUGCACGGCCGCCGGUCGCCGCUGCGACGGCUACAUUCCAGCUAGUAGCUCCGAGCCCCAACAUUGUCGUCCGUAUCGAGUCUUCCCUGGCGCAAGCAAGCCCGGAGAAGGCCGAGCCCUGCAGUACUUCUGUCAAGAAGCGGCCCCGUUCAUGUCGGGGGCUAUCGGCCCCCAGUUCUGGCCUAAGUUGGUCAUGCAAUUCGCCAGUAUCGAACCUGCCGCACGUCACGCUGUAAUCUCUAUCAGCUCUAUCGCCGAAUGGCUACAGCAUCGCACCAGGGAAGGCGAACAGUUACGCAUCCAGGAUGCGGAUUUUGCUCUACAGCACUACAACGCUGCAAUUCACGACCUGAGGAGCAUGAAAUUGGACACAUUACAACAACGCCAGCCGGUGGUUCUGCUUGUUUGUCUUCUUUUCAUCACCGUCGAGCUUAUCCAGAGAAACCGGGACGCCGCCAUGACACAUUGCAAACACGGCUUCCAGCUUAUGAAGCACACCGUCACCAACUACGCGUGGACCCGGGAGCAUCUCCUGCCCCUGUUCAAACGAGUAAGUGUUGUCGCGUUUGUACACGGAGACAACCCAGAAGCCUUCCCGGACCUACAAGGACUGGAACAUCCCAUGCCUACCAGCUUUAUGACGAUGUGCGAUGCUCAAGUCAUGAUUGAUGAUAUUCUCAUUCGUACAUUACGGCUUGUGCGUAAUGGUGACAUUUACCGCCGACGGCCAGAAAAACGCACGCUGGUGCCUCCAAAACUGUUAGCUGAACAGGCCCGCCUCGAAGUAUCACUGGACAUAUGGAAAUCUCUAUAUGACGACUACCGAACUCGCCCUUCCUCGCCGGUGGACGAACCCAGUCAGCAGGUUAAAAAAGCAAUUGACAUAUUGAAUUUCUUUCUGUCAUUACGUUACGAGUCCUGUCGGAUUUGGCUUAAUACAGCCUUCGGAGGCGAUGAUUAUGAUUAUUCCAAGCAUCUAGAGGCUUAUAAAACAGUGUUUGCAAAGAUUGGCACCCGCAGCCAUCAAGCUGAAAAACUGUUUGCGGGAGAUGUUUAUUUCACAAUCGAUGUGGGCUAUUUUCCCUCGAUUUCCCUGGUCAUGACAAAAUGUUAUCACCUCGAAUCUCGCUUGAGGUCUCUGGGAAUGAUGCCACUGCCGGGACUUCCAAAGGAGAAUCUUUGCCUAUCUGCCAAGAUUGGAGGAUGCAAGGUGGAAUCAGCAGAGCUGAUAUAUCUCACGGCUCACGGUCCUUGA